AAUCCUAUCCUUUCAAGGGGCCCUUCCCCCCCAUGUGGAACCCCCUCGCCCUGAUGGAUUACAACAACCUCUGGAGGACGAUGGAUAAAAUGGGACAGGAGAUUCCACGGGAAGCACCCUGGAGGGCGCCCCAUGCUGAAGAGUGGGAUAAAAUGACCAUGAAGGAACUCUUUGACAAGCUGUGCUGGACACGCGUCGCCCGGCAGUUCGCCAACCUCUUCGUGAACGUGAACGUCACCUCGGAGCCGCAUGAGGUCUCAGCCCUGUGGUUCCUGUGGUACGUCAAGCAGUGCGGGGGCACGAUGAGGAUAUUCUCCACCACCAAUGGGGGGCAGGAGCGGAAGUUCAUGGGCGGCUCGCAGCAGAUCAGCGACCGGCUGAAGGACUGGCUUGGGGACCGCGUGAAGCUGGAGAGGGCGGUGUGCCGCAUCGACCAGUCCGGGGACAGGGUGGUGGUGGAGACCCUGGGCCAGGAGAAAUACGAGGCCAAAUACGCCAUCAUUGCCACGGCGCCAGGGCUGAAUCUAAAGAUGCACUUCAACCCGCCUCUGCCGCCUUUGAGAAACCAGCUCAUCCACCGUGUGCCCACCGGCUCGGUCAUCAAGUGCAUGGUGUACUACAGUGAGAACUUCUGGAGGAAGAAGGGAUACUGUGGCAGUAUGGUCAUUGAAGAAGAAGAGGCUCCUAUUGGUUUGACACUAGAUGACACCAAACCUGACGGGACCUCGCCUGCUAUCAUGGGUUUCAUCCUUGCUCGAAAGGCCAGGAGGCUAGCAGGAUUGACUAAAGAAGAAAGGUAAAAAAGCAACCAAAUGACCUUUAAGAUCUGUGAGAUAUACGCCAAAGUCCUUGGCAGUGAAGAAGCGCUGCAUCCGGUCCAUUACGAGGAGAAGAACUGGGCUGAAGAGGAAUAUUCGGGUGGCUGCUACACAGUCUACUUCCCUCCGGGAAUCCUCACGCAGUUCGGCAAGGUUCUGAGGGAGCCCGUAGGCAAGCUGUUCUUCGCUGGCACGGAGACGGCCACCGAGUGGAGUGGCUACAUGGAGGGGGCGGUGCAGGCUGGGGAAAGAGCUGCCAGGGAGAUUCUCUGUAAAAUGGGCAAAAUCUCUGAGCACGAAAUCUGGAAGCCAGAACCUGAAUCUGUGGAUGUUCCAGCUCGACCUUUUGUCACAACAUUUUGGGAAAGGAACUUGCCCUCUGUCCCAGGGUUCUUAAAGCUCCUGGGUUGGUCAACGUUCUUGACUGCUGCUGCCGCCACAGGUCUCUUGGCCUACAAGAAGGGCCUUCUGGUCAAGAGCUAAGCCAUCCAGCAUCUUGUCACCUACGUCUUUGAUCAUAGGCCUUGUACUGGGAUGCGUCUCCUUUCUCUUUGUCCUGGUAACUCAUACAUGAAUCUGUAGGUGUAGCAGUAAGGAGAGAGGGUUUUCAGCUUUCUAAUACAGUCAUACAAUCAUAACUUCUCUUUACCUUUCUUUUUGAAUCCGUAACACUAAUAUACCUAGAGGAUUUGGUAUUUGAGCUUUUCUGUUGUACAAAUUGGUGCUGAUUCGCUUUUAAUUUGUUUGCAGAUGUUUUACUAUUGACGUAUUAGUUAAGAAAAUUCUUUUUGAUAGAGUGUUUUUUAUUACAUUAAGAAGAUGCCAAAAGUCGGGUCUAAGCUGUGGAGAGGUCACAGAGAGCAAGUUCCUGUGAGAAUGAAAACGGGCCAAAGCAAUUGAGCUCAUAAUUUCACUCGUGUUCAUCAAAAACUGUAAAAAGAUUUUAUAGGACCAGACACAUUUACCACCCAAAAAGUAACAUACUCAUAUGAGGAUUUCAAUUUAGUAAUGUCACAUUAUUGACACUUCAUACUGUAGUCCCUGGAAUUUUAGUUGCUUUACUUCCUUACAGUGUAAACAAUAUCACAGUUACAUUACAGGGUAUCACAACAGAACGGUCAUUAUAUUAGACGACUGAAUUCCUUAUUGAAAUAUAGCUGAGUAACUUUUACUUCUAUGAAUGUGGAUGGCUAUUAUAAGAAAAUUGGAUCAGAAUAUAAUGGAAUGGAUCAGAAUCCAAUAUCUUUCCACUAUCUCGCUGAGCUGUACCAAGUGAGAUGUUAUUAAUACACACCCAGCUGAACUACUCUGUUUCUUUAGCCGUUAUUAUUGUAAAGUCAGUUAAACCAAAAUGAAUGUAUUCAUCAGACAAAGUUAUUGUGGUCAAUGUAUUGCAAAUGUGUAUGUUUCUUGGGAAAAUGAACUCUUAAAACUUGUGGGUGUGAGGUGUUUAAGAGCAUUUUAAAGACAGGAUGUCACAAGAGGGCAAAACAAUUCUGGUGUUAGUAGAAGAUCCAAUUUUUGUUAAAGCCAUGUCCUACAACAGUUUUGUCAGUGUCACUUUAAAAAAAAAAAUGCGUAUGUACUUUAUGUUAAAAUAAAUAAGACAGGUAAACAGCUGAGGAAAGAUUUAGCCUGCAAAAGUGUUCCACUUACUGUACAUUGCCUCAGUCAGAAGGAUUUUUGUUCUUGCACUAAAUGGCCUGAAACUAGGCCUGGAAUAAAACUUUUAAACUUCAGUCCAUCAGUUGACUAUAUAUUCCAAAUGUGUAACUUAUCAAUGGCUUUCUGUCUCCCAGAUGCCUUUCAUCUCUAUGGCCUGGAAAGAUGUAAGCAUUGGGACCAGAAUUUGCAAGGUGGAUGUAGAGUUCUGAUUUUAUCACGCCCCCUAGUGUAAACGUUUUGUAAAACCUCACAACCUGCAGCGAUAGUAAUUGUUUGAUGUCUGGUUUAGUUCAGCAGUACAAAGAUUUGCUGUGCUAUUUCUUUUUCUUUUAGGAACAAAUGUUCGCAGAAGUGAGAAUGAAAUGUGACCCAAAUAUCAGAUUAGAAAGGUUUUUAUUUAAAUUUCAUUGUUUCUUUUUGGGCUCUAACUUUUGCUAGUUUGCAACCAUUUUAAAAAACCACUAUCAAAAGAUACUUUUUGAUUUUAUUAUUGCAGAAAAUGUUAAGAGAAUUAUUUACUUGUGGCUCAUGAAUCUGAAAUUCUUCCAAAGGAUUGUGUCCAGCUAGUAACUAGAAUUAUAUCUUAAUUUUAUUUUUUGUUUCUUGAUAGAUUGAAGGAAGAAUCUUUUUUUCUUGUGUUCAGCUCUGUUAGUUAUUAUGACACUUUGCUCGUAUAUGCUUUCAUUCAUUAAAGGAUUUUCUAUUUGGCUACAAGUUAUAUAUCAUAAAACAUUGCUAAACAUGUAUGUUUUUAAUUUCAACUUCAAAAUAAAACAUUAACUCUAUACACUGAAAACCUAAGCUCACUAGAACAUGUACCUCCAGACAUUUCGCGAAGCCAGUUUAAAUAGAACUAGUCUUAGAGAGUAGAAUGGUUUGUAUUUCACAGAAAUUUGCACAGACUUUCUGUCAUUUUAUGUGAUAUAGUCUUAAGACAAAAGAGCUUGGAUAGCUGUUGUAGGUGCAAUAGGAAGAUGAAGACCAUACAGGGGGAAAUAAACUGUUAAAAAUGUGUAUGUCUGAAAUCUAAAUGGAUUCUGUCACUGUUCCAAAGACAUGUUGUGAGUGAUGUCUGUAUUUGACCUGUGCCUUACUCAGUUUGUGCUGUGUGUGUAUUUUUUUAAGUGCCUAUGUGAUCGUGGUCUUUUAUGCCCUUACUUCACCUUCUCUGUUUCCACUUUUUGUCCUCAGUACAGGGGUUAAAAAUGCAGUUAUGGCUCCCACGUAGCUUGGCAUGUAAAUAUCCAGCAUGUAGGAUUGGCUUCAUGGACAACAUGAGACACUUCCUUAUACAAAGCAUUGUGGGAGUUUGGAACUCACUGCCCAGCCAUGUUGUUAUAAAACCAUGCCUUUUCUCAAAAAAGCAGAUGGGGGGGAUCUUCAGAGAUAGAUGCACCAAAUGGCCUCCUCUUGUUUGUAGUCAUUCUUAUGUCUUUAUGAGUUUUAUGGGUCUGAAUCUCUCACCCUGUUCUGUAUUAGCAUAACUAUAUUUAAGACCUGCAAACCCUUAGCAAUAAACCACUUGAAUUUGCUGUGGAGAGACAUAACAGUCUGUUGAAAAAAAUAUUAGAUGCUGAGAUAAGAUAUACUGUGUGAGAAAAACGUUUAGAUUUAAUUUACCAGAAAAAAAAACUUUGUUAAGCUGAGCUGUGCAACACCAAAAAGAAAGUACAGUGGUAUUUUUGGCAGGGUAAGGAUCCAAGGAUUCAAACAUGAGCAGAAAGGUUAAUUCCACACUGAAAGUACACCUUCUUCAGGUAUGAAGAACACCUUCUUCAGGUAUGAAGUACACCUUCUUCAGGUAUGAAGAAGGUUCAACAGCCAAAAUGGUGUUUGUUUUUUUUUUCCUUUCUGCUUUUCUACUUUCCAGUGUGGACUUAACUUUUAUUUGUUCCUUUGGAGGUUCAGAAUACACUUUGAGUCCUUAAAUGCCCCUGGGGAAAAGUUCAUAUUCAGUCUCUAACCCAGAUUAUAGAUCGUAUUUAAGCAUGAAGCCCUUGAAAAUGCACUUGUCUACUAUUAGAAAAGCCUCAUGUGGACAUGGCCUGUGUGAUCUCACUCAUGUGCUAUGGCUGAGGGUCCUUAGCAGUGGGAUAGAACUGUCACUGGGAUCAGAUGAGGUAAAAUGGGAAGGUCUGAUGCAUCACAAAGCCCCUCCUUAGUCACUGGACAGGGGCCUGUGAUAGUCAGAGGAGGCUGGAAAAGGGGGCUUGUUUAGGUCACUCACAGUUUGGAGCACAUUGUUUAAACUGCUGCAUGAGUGAGAUCACUGCAUUGCUCCCAGAUCUAUGCAAGUGGGGGCAACAGAACAAUAUUUCAUAUGUACAGAAGAAACUACAAAGGUUCUGAUUGAUGCUUGGCUGGUUCAGACCAAUUUUCACACAUUUUCUGAGCCCUGGAUUUUUAAAACCUUAUUCAAAAAUUUCUGCCUCAGCAGGUUCUUCUCCAUUGUCUUACUCCUUUUAUGUUUUUUCUAGUCCUGUGUUUUUGUGUUCCCUCUGAUAUACAGUAUCAUCCCAGUGAUAAAAUGUAGACGGUAUCAGUUCCACAGGAAACCUGUACUAAAUGGAUAUUAGCUAAAUGGAUAUUACAUGGUCAAAAGGUUGUACCUGGCAUAAGUCAUAAAAUGCAGCAAAAUGUAUUGACUCCAAUUUUAACCCCUUUAGUAUGUUUGGAAGUUUGAAAUGUCAACUGUGAAUUUUUUCAAUUGAAUUAUUAUUACUGCACUGAUGUGAUGUUUUGUUCACUUUUUGGCUUACAUGUACAGUAGCGGUGAAAUUUGUGUCCCACCAUAGGCUGUGUACUGGUGUAAAGCACACGUAUGGUUUAGAUGUGUAUGGUGUUGCUGCUAAGUUCUGGCUCUUGUCUUUUCCAAUAUAAAAAAAGUCUUCAGACAUCAGAUGACAUGGCUGCUUUAAUGUGUAUCAUUUGGUCAUAAACUGUGCACUGGUGCUGCAAACACAUUCGGUUUUGUGUUUUGUUUAAUUUGAUUACUAAAAUGGUACUAAUAUUCUA